AUGUCGUCCUUGCACAGGGGCCAUGCUAAUCUUCUCUGUAUCGUUCCAAUUUUAGUAUAUGUGUUGCCAAAACGAGAACAGUAUCACGCAAGGCGCUCAAAGGUGACCUUGCCAGAGUUCAUUUCUAUGGAUGCCACUGUUCUGACAGUCUCUGCUGUGGAUAGGGAUUCAGAGCAUAAUGGAAUGAUUUCCUACAAAAUCCUCUCUUCCUCUGAGGGAUUUUCCAUUGAUCAGAAGAAUGGUUCAGUGUUUGCUACGGGACCAGUGACACAGCUGGAAAAGUUUUCCAUUAUUCAGCUGCUGAUAGAAGCCACGGACGGUGGCAGUCCCACUCUGAGUGCAGUGACCUCCGUAGAGGUGCACAUAGAAGAUGUAAAUAACUAUGCCCCUCAGUUCACAAGAGUUCUCUACAAUCUCAGUGUGAGCGAGGAUGCCUCAGUUGGAGAAAGUGUCCUCACAUUUUCAGCUGUCGACUAUGAUUGGACACAUGAAAACACAUAUGUUGAAUACUCUAUUAUUGAUGGCAAUGCUGAGAAUUUGUUCUCUGUGGAAACAAGUGUUAUGGAGUCAGAAACAUCCUACAAACUUGUUGGCAGUCUUGUUUUGAGCAAUGUUCUCGACAGAGAAAUGGCAGCUUCUCACCGUUUGGUCCUCCUUGCCUCUGAUCGUGGAACACCCUCCUUGAAUUCAACUGCUACUGUGCUAAUAACUGUGCUGGAUGUUAAUGAUAAUCCUCCAGUAUUUAGCAGCCCAGAGUACCACAUUCAUGUCAAAGAAAGCAUCCCUGUAGGUAGUCAUGUCACUGAAGUUUCAGCAAAAGACUGCGAUGCAGGCACUAAUGCAGAGAUCACUUAUUCUAUUAUCUCUGGAAAUGAAAGGGGACAUUUUCAUUUGGAUGGGAAAACAGGAUCAGUGGAUUUGAUGAAAACACUGGAUUAUGAGGAUACCAUGAAAUUCACUUUGAUCAUUCAAGCCACAGAUGGUGGCACUGAUGUUAAAAAUGUGGCUUUUUCUGUUGUUCUUCUUAACAUCCUAGAUGACAAUGAUUAUGCCCCACUGUUUUUGUUUCCUAGCCUGACCUGCGUUGUCAGUGAAAAUCUGCCUACCUUUUCUUUUGUGUGCGCUGUUAAUGCGCUGGAUUUUGAUAAAGGCUCCUAUGGACACCUUACCUACUCCAUCCAGUCUUCAUGUUUGGCUCAUCGUGAAGCUCCUAGAGACCAUGACAUGUUCUUCAUUGAUCCCUUAACAGGAGAUAUUCAUACAAAGCAGAUGUUUGACUAUGAAAGCCAGAAUAGGUACUGUCUCAUCAUCCAAGCGAAAGACAAAGGUGACUCACUGGCUACCAUUACAGUUCAAGUAGAUAUUGAGGGGAGAGAUGAAUUUGACCCAAUGUUUACACAAGAUCAGUAUUUCUUUAAUCUUCCUGAGAAGAAUGAAGCAGGCCAGUUGCUUGGCAGAGUGACAGCAUCAGACAGCGAUGGUGGCCUGGACGGAGUUGUUCACUACUCCCUGCUAAAAACUUCUCCGUUCUUUUCUGUGAAUCAAACCAGUGGUAAUAUUUAUUUAACUCAGACUGUUCACAGAAGGAAACAUGGCAGCAAAAGGAAUGAUGACACCCUGGAAUUGUUGAUAAGAGCUCAUAGCCCCAAAACUGAGUCAAAGUUCACAGUAUGCACUGUUUUGGUAAAUGUUUCCAGUUCUUCUGAGAGUUACCCCAUAGUGUCAGCAUACAGCCUGACUAUUAGCAUUUCGGUCUCCUUGAUAGUGUUCCUACUGCUUGCAGUCAGUCUUAUUGCACUUAUUCUGAGACAUAAUCGGAAAGAUCUGAUGAACUCUUGUGUGAAAAAAGCAGUGUCCUCCUCAGCUACUGAUGUGAACUCAGCCAGCGAAGAUAAGGACUGCCAGAAAAUCCAAAGUACUGAAAGCAGUAUGCUUCCCAUGGGUGCCAUAGCAGAAUGGCUGAGCCUAGCAGGAAUUGGAGAGGGGAAGGAUGAUGAUGUCCCCUGCAGGCAUUCAGACUCCAGUGGCCAUAGUUCUGCCGAAGGAGAAAGUGCAGAGGAUGAGGAAAUCAAAAGGAUCAAUGAGCAUCCUUGCAGAAAGAGUGCUGGCUCGGUGCUGAGUGAGCAUGGCUCACGGGUGCCAGAUUCGGGAAUCCCAAGAGAGUCUGAUCAGCUCUCCUAUCAGUCUGGAGAAACAGAUGCCGUGGCUACCAUGCAAAGCAUGGAGAGUGUGCAGGCCAUUAAAGGAGAAGGCAGAGAAGAAACCUGUGACAUAGCCUAUGCACAUAACAAAAUGUUGUCUCAAACACUUCAGAAAAUUGGAAUAAAAGGAAAAGACAUAAUGACAGACUUCACAAGAGAAUAUAUCUUGAUGUCAGAUAGGCAGGACUCUGGGUAUGAUUCAUUUGCAACUCUUGGCACCUCUGAUGAGGAUCUCAGAGGUGGUUGUAACUGGGAUUAUGUGCUCAGCUGGGAACCCAAAUUUCAACCUCUUGCCUCAAUGUUUAAUGAUAUCGCAAAACUGAAAGAUGAAAAUGUACACAUUCACAGCUUCCCUAAGGAGAAAUCUCUUGUUUUCCCUCCUCCCUUGAUAACAUCAGUGGCUCAGCCUGGCAUAAGGACAGUGCCACCACGAAUGCCAAAUAUAAUACCAGGGCAAGCAUUUAAAAAAUACCCUCGUUCUCCUCUUACCCAUAAUCUUGGAUACCCUCCACUAGCCAUGACCCCCAAUUUUUCUCCUUCUCUCUCUUUACUUACAAUGCAGACGCCUACUUCUUCUCCAGUAAUGUCCAAUGGGAGAAUGAUAGGAACAUGUCUUAUUGAUCCAAGCCAUGAACUUGCAACGGAGAAAGAAAUUCAAGUCUAG